CCACCGUGGGCGCGCGAUGGAGGCCGGGUGCUGGCUGCUGGGCGGCGAGUUCGAGGACUCGGUGUUCGAAGAGCGGCGGGAGCGGCGCCCGGGACCGCCCGCGUCCUACCGCGCCAAGCUCUGCGAGCCGCAGAUGUUCCUCUGGGACUCCCGCCACCACCACCCGCCCCUUUUAGCUUCUGUUAAAACCCAGAACACCGGCCAGCGCCCCAUAAAGCUCUUUGCGACCCUGAAUGCUAAAUGAUCGCCUGGCGGUGGGCGCUUCACUGGGUGCCUUUCAGAGUUGAGAGGAUCCUAUUAUUGUGGUUUUACGGGGAAACGGAGAGCAGUGAUGAUGUGGAAGCUCUAACCAUCAAGAAAUUCCGAGGGGACCUGGCCUACAGACGGCAGGAGUAUCAGAAAGCACUGCAGGAAUAUUCCAGUAUCUCUGAGAAAUUACCACCUACAAAUGUUGCCAUGAAAAGGGAUGUCCAGGAAGGCCGGGCUCGGUGUCUGGCUCACCUGGGAAGGCGUGCAGAAGCACUGGCGAUUGCGACGGACUUGGAAAUGAAAGCAACGAACACAGACCAUUUAACCACUGUACUCUGCCUCCAGCUUGCCAUUUGUUCAAGCUCGCAGGACGCCACCUUCUGCCUUCAGAAACUGGUCUCUCUGCAUCCUUUCAGUCCUUGGACCUGGGGCAGGCUGGCAGAGGCCUACCUGGCCGCGCGGCCAGCGCUGUCCUCAUCGGCCGCGUCAUCUCACAGACAGAGCCAUUCCACCUCCAGGGACAAAGCUGUCACCUCCGCCUGUCCACACUCAGGAGAAGACUGUCGUCUGUGUUUCCCUGAGACGUUGCCCGAGAGCUCCGUGUGUUCUGUGGAAACGAGCAGCAGUAAGAGCCGGAAGAAGGAGGAAGCUCUGACGAACUUUCGGGACUCUCUGUCGCUGGAGGCUCGGAUGAAAGCGUGCGCCUCCUUUAUACGGACCAGGCUCUUGCUUCAGCUCACCCAGUCACAGCAGACGUCGUUUGCUUUGGAGAGGAACCUCAGGACCCAGCAGGAAAUUGAAGAUAAAAUGAAAGGCUUUGGCUUCAAAGAAGACACUCUGCAGCUGAUGACCGAGGUUAUGGGAGAAGAUAUCGUUCCAGAAAAAAUAAAAGACGAGGUUCACAGCGAGGUGAAGUGUGUGGGCCCUGCAGCCCUGGCCGCCUUGGUGAUUGCAUCUUCGGAAGAAUUUGAAGACAAGUGGUUCCGAAAGAUCAAAGACCACUUCUGCUCCUUUGAAAACCAGUUCCAUACACAGAUGCAAAUCUCUGCUUAAAAACAACAUCUGGCCCUAGCUGGUUUGGCUCAAUGGAUCGAGUGUCAGCCUGCAGACUGAAGGAUCCUGGGUUCGAUUCCAGUCAGGCAUGUGCCUGGGUUGCAGGCUUGAUUCCCAGUGUGGGGCGUGCAGGAGGCAGCUGAUCAGUGAUUCUCU